ACACUUUCUGGGUUACCCUCUCUGCUUCUGUUAUCGUCGUCCUUCUUUCCAUAGCCUCACUUCCUCUUCUCAACAACAACGCCAAUUACUUGAAAUUUGCAGACUUGCGGAGAAGUUCAAGUGAAGUUGCAGAUUUGGUAGUGACUAAUGGGACUAUUUACACCAGUGAUGACUCUCUCCCUUUUGCUGAUUCUAUGGCCAUUUCCAAUAGCAGAAUUCUCCGCGUUGGCAACUACUCUUCUAUAAAGGUUUUGCUCCUAAAUCAAGGCCUAAGCAGUCUUUGGGAUUAUAUUGCAGCUUGAACGCAAUUCCAUUGUAUCACUUUUGGUUUUGAAGCUAGACGUUUACUGUUUGAUCAUGUUCAUUGCCUUUUUCAACUGACUGAUUUCAUGAACUUUCCUCUGGAUAUGUAUUUGAUGCCUUCACGAGAUCUGGAGAUCAUAUUAAUGAGUUCCAAUAAUAUAUAUCCAUGCCGGUGUUUGUGACAUCUUUCAAUACUUCUGUACGAUUAGGAUCUGAAGGUCCCUUAGCUAUCUUAGAGUAACUCGGGAUUGAAGUGCAGUUUAUAUUUUUAGUUUCUUGGCGCAUAUUUGAUUUCUAAUUCAUUUAUCCCUUCAUCUUUUCUCAAAUGUUAAAGAAAUGCAAUAUGGAGAUUCAAGUAGUUGGUGAAGUAUAUACCAUACUCAGAGCUUAUGUUCAGGUUAGAUGUGAAUGCAGAAAUUGGCAAGGACUUUGACUAAGGAGCUAAAUCUACAUGGAAAGAUUGUGGUCCCUGGAUUUAUUGAUUCCCAUGUGCACUUCAUCCCUGGGGGAUUACAGAUGGCACGAGUGGAGCUUCGUGGAGUAAAUACAAAAGAUCUUUUUGUGGAAAAAAUUAGAAAAGCAGUUGCAAAUGUGAAAGAAGGUUCUUGGUUACUGGGUGGUGGUUGGAAUAAUGAUAUUUGGGGAGGUGAUUUGCCAAUGGCCGCGUGGAUUGAUAGUGUUACUCCUCAUAAUCCAGUCUGGUUAGCAAGGAUGGAUGGUCAUAUGGGUUUGGCUAAUACGUUGGCUCUAACACUUGCUGGUAUUUCACGUAACAACGAGAAUCCAAAUGGUGGAGCUAUCAUUAGAAAUAAUGACGGGGAACCUACUGGCCUGUUGAUUGAUUCUGCUAUGAAGCUUGUCCUUCCCCACAUCCCAGAAGCCUCAGUUGAUGAAAGGAGGGAAGCUCUGUUAAGAGCUAGCAGCCAUGCAUUGAAGAGGGGUGUCACAACAGUUGUGGAUUUUGGCAGAUAUUUUCCAGGGUCUUCACCUGAGUACCCGUGGGACGACUUUUCAGAUGUAUAUAGAUGGGCUGAUUUAUCCGGAAAUAUGAUGACCAGAAUUUGCUUAUUCUUUCCAAUGGAGACAUGGUCACGGUUAGUGGAUCUUAUGAGCAAGUCAGGCCGCGUGCUGAGCCAAUGGAUUUAUUUAGGCGGUGUCAAGGCUUUUGCUGAUGGAUCUCUAGGGUCUAACAGUGCAUUCUUUCAUGAGCCAUAUGCUGAUGAUCUAAACAAUUAUGGGCUACAAGUAGUGGAUCUGGAUAGUCUAUACAACAUGACUUUUUCUUCAGAUAAAUCUGGCCUUCAGGUUAGCAUCCAUGCUAUAGGUGACAGAGCUAAUGACUUGAUAUUGGAUAUGUAUGCUUCUGUGGCCUCUGACAAACAAAUUAGAGACCGACGAUUUAGGAUUGAGCAUGCUCAACAUUUGGCCCCAGGAACAGUGGCUCGUUUUGGUGAACAAUCUGUAGUUGCUUCAGUGCAGCCAGAUCACUUAUUGGAUGAUGCUGAUUCUGCAUCUAAAAAACUUGGGUGUGAAAGGGCUGAAAGAGGAUCUUAUCUAUUCAAGUCACUCUUGACUAAGAAUGCACAAUUGGCAUUUGGCUCGGAUUGGCCGGUAGCAGAUAUUAAUCCUUUGAAAAGCAUUAGGACAUCGAUGAAGAGAGUACCUCCUGGUUGGGAAAAGGCUUGGAUUCCAUCAGAGUGCUUGUGUCUCAAAGAUGCAUUAAAUGCGUACACCAUUUCGGCUGCUCAUGCUUGUUUUCUUGAUAAAUAUGUUGGAUCAUUGUCUCCGGGAAAAUAUGCGGAUUUUGUCGUUUUGUCAACUAACUCAUGGGAAGACUUUGCAACUGAAGUUUUUGCUAAUGUUGAGGCAACAUAUGUUGGUGGCUUCAAGGCUUACUCCAUAAGACCUGAGGAUAAAAGUGAAUAGAACAGGGAUAUGAUAAUUAUGCUUAAAGGAACACAUAAAAUGGAAGCCAUUGUGCCAGCCAAGAAGCACGAUAUGCUAUUUAUUGAACUUGGCUUCGCUUUUAUUACGAGUCCUAAAACUGUUAGUAGACAGGAGUGUGAAUUUGAUUUGUGAAUAUUCUGUGGCUUUUAUGUAAUGAAAGCGAAUGUUUUUCCUUUUCAA